AAGAUUUUAACCAAUUCGCUAUUGUAAUUAUCAGGUAUGUGCACAAGCCUAUAAACCCAGAUGAUCCUCCUAUGGUUGAACAGCCGAGGCCACUCUAUCCAUAUCGUACUAUUGGCUGCAUCUUUAAUGACAAGCGCUUCUUGGCCAAUUGUCAACCGUCAGAUUCUGUGGAGCUUUGUGUGUUUGACCUAAAUGAUGAGUCCAGGUGGAAGCCAAUGAGCGAGGAAGCUAUAAAGUCAGUCUGUGCACCAGGGUCAACUACCUCUCUUCCUCCUUUCCCACCGCUCUGUUCCUCUCUGGUGGAUGCAGCAGCAGAAAGCAACGACAUUGAGCUACAGCUCCGAGUUUUUGUGUCUGAGCACAGAAAGAUCAUGUUGCCUUAGCGGAGAGCUUUAAAUCAUCAGACUCUCUGUCUUGAAUCUGUAUCAUUCGCUCUCAUUGAAUAUCUCUCUCACUAAUUAAUUCUCUAUUUCUCUUUCUUUCUCUUCUAUUCUCUCUCUCUUCUAUUCUCUCUCUCUUCUAUUCUCUCUCUCUCUUCUAUUCUCUCUCUCUCUCUCUUCUAUUCUCUCUCUCUCUCUCUUCUAUUCUCUCUCUCUCUCUCUUCUA